UAUAUCUUUAUAAUUUAUAAAGUUGGUGUUAUAGAUUAUUGUACUUAUUUUAUUGAAUGCUUCUGGUUCUAGUUGUAAAAAUCAAUAUGAAAUCUUUCAAAUCAAAUCAAGCCAAACUAAAAAUUUUAAUUGCAGCUCUUUUUGUUCUGGAAAAAGUUUAUGCAAUUUCACCGGCUGAUUAUCAACAAAUGCUUGGUAAAGGUAUGGAUGUUGACUGGGUAAAAACAGGACAGGGAAUGGAAACUUUUAACUCCACUAUUGUAAAAGAUUUUUCAAAGAUUGGUAUUUCUCAUGUCAGACUUAGAAUUAAGGAUAAUAUAACAACAAGUCUUUUACUUAAUAUUGAUAAAGUUUUAGAAGCAUGUUUGAGUAGCAAUGUUAUUCCUGUCAUUGCAUUUCAAGCUGAGUUUUUUAAGUUAUGGCCUACAGACAUCAAUCUUGAUUUAGUUGUUAACUGGUGGAGUCAGAUAGCUGAAAGAUAUCAGAGUAUGUCACUGAAACUCUCUUUUGAUAUUAUAAUUGAAGUUACCGAUGAACUAAAUAAUAAAAAUGACAUGCUGAAUAAACUCUAUUCAAAAGUAGUUCCUAUUAUUAGAAAUACAAAUCCAAAUAGAAUAAUUUUCAUAUCUCCUCGAGUAAGAUCUGAGCCUGAAAAACUAGUAGACCUUGUUAUACCAACUCCAAGAGAUUAUUUGAUGGUUGAAUGGCACUUUUAUGCUUCAGGACCAUCACGUAUAAGCAAAGAGAAAAUAUGGACAAUUGGAACUGAUGCUGAAAAAAAAAUUAUUACGAAUAAAAUUAAAGUUGCAUUAGACUGGCAGACUUCAAACAAUAUUUAUACAUGGGUUGGUGCUUGGAUGGCUGGAAAUUACAAUGCAGACCCUAAAGAUGAAAUCCAAUAUACUGUUGAAGAACAAGUUCGUUUUGCAAACUUUGUUACAUGCGAGUUGACUAAAAAUAAAAUUCCGUUUGCUAUUAACUCUGAUGUUUGGUUUUACGAUAGGCAAAAAUACAUUUGGAACUCUAACCUUAAACCUGUUCUCGAUGAAAUAUUGAAAACCAAUUGCAAUGCAAUGCAAUUAAAAAAAAGAAAUGUUAAAAAAACUAACAGUGAAAAGAGAGGCAUUAAAAAAACAAUAUUAAACAAAAGUAACGCAUGAGCUUUUUUGAUUUAAAGCUAAGUUUUAAAUUCAACUUUAGCAAAAUAUUGUGUUAUUUAUUCAAUAUUUUCUAGUUUAAUAAAAUUUCAAAUCUUUUCCAAGUAUAUACUUUCUCAAUCAUUAUUUAUCUUUAAACACUUUUUCUUUUAAUUUUGUCUAGUAGACAGUCAUCGUUAAAUCUAAAAGACAGUUAUAGUUGUUAUGGUUACUGAUAACUUUAACUAUUCUUAUAUUCGAUGUUAUAAUUACCCUAUUAGACUCAGCGGUUUCAUUUUGAA